CUCAACCUCACUACACACACUCGCAGGUCACAUCGAAACGGUUACAGCCUAGUCCAUCGACCAUUCGCCCCUCUACUCACGCUUUUCUCAGGCGGUUAGUGGAGCAGCAAACACUAAGGAAACACUCAUAUUCCGUCAAGAAUCAUAUAAGCGCACGUGUUCCAGGGUCAGCAGUUCGCCCUUGGCUGCGCAGAGCGAGGCUUGUUUCCUUCGAUCUCCUCUAUGGUCUCCACUGCCACUUGCCACCUUCACCUCAUCGCUGGCCAGCCCGCCAGCAUGCACCUGUCGGUUCACUGACACCGGCUUACCUCCUUCCCCAUUUCGUGGAAGCAAACAAAAAACGUCUUCUCGUGAGACUCCCGCCUGUCGAGCUCAGCGCACGUAUACAAUUCGAUGCUCGAGAUCAUCGGGACCCGAGCGGUCCAGCUUGUUCACACGGACAUCACGGAUGUCUCCAAGGCACUUAGUGUGCUUGGGUUCUUCAUCGUUGGAUACGGCCUCAUCAGCUAUGUCGUUAAAGAGCGGCUCUAUUUGAGCGAGCCUCUCAUUGCCGUCACCGCAGGGAUCAUCACAGGUCCCUAUGUCCUUGGCUGGGUCGACCCUCUCUCCUGGGGCGACACCGAGACGACGAACUACAUGACCUACCAGUUGACCCGCAUCGUGAUCGGCGUGCAGGUUCUUUUCUGCGGCAUUUCUCUCCCUGCCAAGUACCUCCCCAAGAAUGGCCUCUCUCUCUCCGUGCUCCUCAUCCUCGUCAUGACAUGCGCCUGGUUCACCUCAGCCUUACUCAUUUGGGGGAUCAUCCCAGGGCUCUCUUUCCUCGAGAGCCUAUGCUUGGCCGCAGCUGUAACUCCGACAGAUCCUGUCCUCGCCAACAGCAUCACCAAGGGGCGAUUCGCGGAAAAGCAUGUGCCUGUCAAUGUGCGCAACAUUCUCGUCGCAGAAAGUGGCGCAAAUGAUGGCCUCGGCUUCCCGUUUAUGUAUCUCGCCAUCUACCUGAUUCAGCGCCUGCCCGGAGGCGAGGAUGAGGGUCUGAGCGUCGGUGAUGAAAUUGGCCGUUGGGGCUAUUCGGCCGUGCUUUACCAGAUUGGCGUGUCCAUUGCAUACGGCGCAGUCGUCGGUUACAUUGCACGCAAGACGCUCAAGUGGGCCGAAGCUCGACAGUACAUUGACAAGGACAACUUCUUUGCUUAUGGUUUGGGACUCGCCCUCUUUGUCCUCGGUACGACCGGUCUCUUUGGCUCUGAUGACAUUCUUGCCUGCUUCAUCUGCGGCAACUCGUUCACGUACAAUGACUGGUUCCGCCUACGUACAGAAGACAACGACACACAGGACAUCCUGGACAUGCUGCUCAACACGGCCGUCUUCAUCUACAUUGGCGCGAUCAUCGAUUGGAAACAAUACGUUCCCAGCGGCAAUUUUCUGCAGCUUGAUGCUUGGAGAGUCAUCGUGCUCUCUAUCACACUGCUAAUCCUGCGCCGUCCCCCUUGGGUCAUUUCGGCCACCAAGUUGAUCCCGGCUCUGACCAAUUUGAAAGAAAGCUCUUUUGCUGGAUGGUUUGGCCCUAUUGGAGUCAGUUCUGUCUUCUACAUCCAAGUUGCUCUGCGUGAGCUUCCGGAAGCCUCAGAACGGCUUCGGGCGGUCUACGCACCUGUUGUGCUCUUCAUCGUCUUUGCCUCCAUCCUCUGUCAUGGCAUUACUGUUCCGGUAUCCAAGCUGGGCCCGUCGAUCCUCAGAAGGACGACAACAUUAACUCAGACACGCUCCAUCACGUUCACCUCGCGACCAUCCUCGCGCGUCAACUCAAUCACUGAAGGAGGCGCCAAUGGCCGAGGCGGCGGUAUGUCUGAGGUCAGAGAGGUUUGGAACCCUUUCUUUGCUUUGUGGGAUGGUCUUGUGCAUUGCGCACUGUUUUGGCGCAAAGACAGUUUCUGGCGCAAGCCUCCAGCAAGAAAAACGCAAUUGUCUGUCAUGAAGGGCAAGAUCAUCUCGGCUCCAACUCACGCACAGAGGCAGCAUGCUAUCGAGGACGAGUCGGAAACCGAUCGCUCCGGCUUCUCUUCGAGCUCAGCAAAAGUACUGAAUGAGCGCAGCGAGAGCGCAUCCGAUGAGGACGCGGGUCCCGAACCGGCAGCCAGCCGUGUCACGCGUCCGCCUCCGCCUGCAAUGGAGCUGCCCACCUCGAUGCCGACUAAGGAUGGUGCUUUCACGCCUGUCGCUGCACCAGCGCCAGACGCUGUGCACCCGCAUGCAUCGCGAAUCGCCCACGUCGUCCGCGAGUUCCAGCGUGCUCUCGAGCACGAGCUAACUUGCGAGCGGGAAGCAGCUGUCAAGGAUGCAGCGGAGGGGUGCAGUGCCGAGAUCAGGGCAGCGAUCGCGGCGAAGAAGGCUUAUGCAGCACAAGCACGACCAACCAUGCCCGCAUCAGCCGGCAGCAGCAGCGGCGACAGCGGGAGCGGCGGCUUUGAGAUGCCUAAAAAGACAUCAAUUAAGGCGACGCCCCCCCAAACGCCAGGAAUUCCUUCCGUGCCUGGCACACCUUCAGGCGAGCAACGCAGCAUCCGCUUCACUGACCAACAGGAUUUGCUUAAGGGCACGGUAGCGCGUUUGCGUGAGCACGAUACAUAACGCGCCAACUCUCCACUACAUGUACGCCCAAAGAAAGUGGAACUAUCGCGUAAUGCUCCAGAAAUACAUGAAUCUGCUCGCUGCUAGCAGCCACUGGGUGCAAGGGUGCGCGAUCUGGCUCGAGCUCUAUUCUCUACUGGAUGGCCGCGGUUGAAAAGGUGCAUGUUGGGGGUAUUGAUGGGCCGGGCCGUGAUAGUAAGCAGAUGCUAACUCGAUGUGUAGAUAUUUAGCGCAGUAUGAUG